AUUUAAUUUUUAAUCAAGCAUAUAUUAUUUUGAUUGCGUACUUGACACUUUGGUGUUUCCGGUUGCAAGACGACACGUGAAACACCAAGGAAAAAGUUCUUUUCGCUGUGACUUCGACGCGCGACGGUCGUGCUUUACUUACACGCAAACAAUACCGCAUUUUGUGAUUAAUUUUUACCUCUUGGUUAACUGGAACGCGUAAUAUUAUUUAUAUUAAAUAAAUUCAAGUAAUUGCUUAUUAAUAAAAAAAAAUUUUGUUAAACAUAAUUCCCAAAAUGACCGACACGUCCAAAAAGGAUAUUGAUUUUACUCCUUCGAGUAAUGAUGAAGUCGAUUCGUUCACUCACGGUGAUACUAUGGUUCAAUUCACAGGCUCGGUGGCAUGGAUCGACGGCAUGAAAUUGUUGAAAAGCAAGAAGAGGAUCUUUCGCUUUGUUAUGACGAAUGGAACCGGUCGCAGAAUCCGAUUCUUGGUUUGGGAUCCGUUAAUUUCGGAAUAUCAGGCCAAACUUCAUGAAAAAUUGGUGGUCAAGUUCGAACGUUUGAAGUGUCAAAAUGCUGAUCCCAAUUUCGCGCAAGCUGCUGAAGACGUUGCCCCAAUUGAAUUAACGAUUACCGGAAGUACAACGAAGGACUAUGACGACAGCACGUCUGUAGGACCACGUGUCUAUGAGCCGAUCAGCAUUCCAAGAGUUUAUGAAGAAUUCGGUAUUGUAUGCGUCCAAGGAUUCAUAAGAGACCUGUUUGAAGAUAUAACCUUUAAUAACAACGUAUACGGUGCCGGAUCAAUCACUGAUGGUGAAUAUCGGGUAAAAGUCCAAGUGCGCUCAUUCUCGAAAGCUCGUGAUUCAUUAAAAAAACAUACACUUGGCGUACAUGUUGAAGUGAAAGGACAAGUCAAUAGAGAUAAAACAAGUGCAUUUCCGUACGUGCAAUGUAACUCGAUGUCUGAUGUAAAAAUCGUCGAUGACAAAAUGAUGAGUGCGGCUGAUGUUAAAAAGGGAUUCCGAACCCCGACUAAUCCGUCUCCCAAAAGGAUUCGCAUUGAACCAUCCACGAUAGAGGAGAUAAACGGUCCAUCAAAUUCCCGUCGGGUGAUCAGAGAGGAGAAAGGGCAUAGAAUACGAAAAAAGAACGGAUAUUUAUAAUAAGGAUUAAUAAAAAAAUAAAUAAGAUUACUAAUUGAGAUAUUAAGUAAUAGAAUUUAGACGUAAGAAUCAUAGCAAUUAGUAAAAUCUG